AUGGACUCCUUUAGCUCUUCACAGGAACCGCGAGGCAGCGCCAAUGUUUCCCCGCAGGCGGCUCAACAGCAGAGCUCGAACCUGGCUACUCUGGGUCAGCAGAGGCAUCAGACCACGAACCCUUUUUGGCAAAACUGGGCUGGAGAUGAUCCCUGGAACCCUCUUGCCUUCGGUGCGCCUAAUGAUGGCCAGACCCGUUCGCAACUUAUUGGAUCCGCCAACUUCCAAACUUCAUAUCAAGACUAUCGGAGCAAACCACUUUUAUCAGAAUGCGAUACCAACCCAGAGGAUUCGGCCUACGGCAGCCGCUUGACUCAUAGCAUCGGCAACCCUUCUGCAUAUGGCGAAGAUAUGGACCCUGAUGUCCAAAAUUUGGAACCUCAAAACUCGGAUGCCCAGCUUGUCAACAGAAACCUGGAAACCCUUCAACUACAGUGUCAACCAGCCUCCAACGAUGCUCACUUAUAUCAAGACCAAUGGGUCCGACCUUAUCCGCCCGCAAGCGUUGCAACGGCCCCGGUUGGUGGAGAGCGACGUUGGAUUUGUGGUGAAUGCCAGAAACGAUGCCGUACACGUUCCGAGCUAAGAAAACAUGAAUUGAAACAUUCUCUUCCGUGGCACUGUGACGUUACAGGCUGCUCGCGUGAGAAAGGCUUCACUUCCAAGAACGACCUUGACAGACAUAAGAGAACUGUACAUAGCGACCGCACUGUUUCUGGUCGCACCUUUGUGUGUAAUAUUGGCAAUUGUGCGAAGAAAAGUAAAAUCUGGCCAAGGGCAGACAACUUUAGGUCACACCUGCAGAGAAUUCAUGCAAAGACAUAUUCAGCCAAUGACGAUCUCUCUGAAUAUGUGCAUCGUCCAGUUCCAUCGCAAGACCUCGAGGGCGUGGGAGGGAGUGCCAUGGCAUAUCUCCAGGCACAAGAACAGUUACCUGGUCUUGCCCACCCCUCAACAAUUCUAUCCUUCCGGGUGCCGUAUGGUGAACGACGGGCUUCACAAUCCCAAUCCGGUACAAACAAUCCUCCUCGAGGACCACCCUCUUUAUCUUUUGAUCGAGAUGCAUCGAGCCUUGCAACGGUACGAGAAGGUGACGAGAACUUUGUUCACCCUGACAUUAUCCAUGGGCGCAGUGCUCUGCCAUCGAACCAAUGGCCGGUAUCCGCUUCUGAGGAGGAUGCGCCGGGUGACGAUGUCACCGCUUCUGAAGCUGAACAGCCUGACGAUGAUGCACUAGAAACUAUGGACGGCGUGCAGCAAGGUGAAGGAACAACUACAGACGGCUCUCGCAACAGUGGGGACUCGGGAAGCCAACAGGUUGAUGUCAGAAUGGUUGACGCUGACGAAGCCCAACGGACUCCUAAAGCAAUCCCCCCACUCGAGAAAGAAAGUGAAACACCGUCCGAUGUGAGCCCAGAAUCAGCAUACGUUGACCUUCUUGAUAAAAUACCAAAAGAACUCAUCGCAAGCUAUCUGAAGAAGCGAUUCGCAGACCUCGGAGAGGAGGCCUCAAAACUACAUACAGUGAACAGCAAGAGCCAAUCACAUCCUCACAAAUGUCAAGAUUGUGACAAAGCAUUUCCUCGUCUGUGCGAGCUGAAGAAGCACCAGAAGAGGCAUUCAAAGCCAUACGGGUGCACUUUUGCCGAUUGCAAAAAGACAUUUGGAAGCAAGAACGAUUGGAAGAGACAUGAAUCCAUCCAGCAUUAUCAGCUCGAGACAUGGAUAUGUGACUGCGUCAAGCCUGAUUCUGCUGAGCCUUGUGGUAAGGUUUGCUACCGCCGUGAGAGCUUCCGGAACCAUCUUUCGAAGGAGCAUGAGAUUACAGAUACCAGCAAGCUCGAAGAGAAAGUUGAAGGUUGUCGAAAGGGUCGUCACUGCGAUGCUCACUUUUGGUGCGGCUUCUGUCAGGAAACUGUUGAGAUUAGAGAGACAGACAACACCUGGGCGAAACGUUGCGAUCACAUCGACGACCAUUUCUCUGGCCGUCGUGUACCCCAGAGAGACAUCAGCGAGUGGAUACAUGAGAAGGACCACAGAAUUGUCCCCUCGGCUCCCCAGGUGGAUGAGUCUGAAUCCUCAUCUGGAUCAUCCCCAUGUGAUCCGAUAUCUCCUCAGAGCAGUGUUUCUACAGAAAACAGUGGUGAAGAUCGCCGAGGUAGAAAGAAGGAUAUGUAUAUGUGGACAUGUUGUAAUUGUGCCGUUGAAAACAGUUUCAGCAACAACACGUUGUGCUGCGAGUGCAACCAACGUUCGUGCAAGAACUGUACUUGGCACGCAAUUCCAUCUACAAGCGACAGUUAG